AAAGCGGGGCGGAUUUGGGGCGAAGGCCUUGCAACUGGGGUGCCUGGGGUGGGCGGUAAAAGUGAGUCCCUGCUCUGUGUUGUCUGGGUUGCUGUAAGUUUUUUUUUUUUUCCGGGCUGCUUGGCCAUGCCCCAGCAUCACUCUCCCCUGACCUUUCGCCUGCAUCUGUGGCAGGCCUCCUCAGAGGUUGGAAACUAGCUCGGCCGGUGCCAUGUCUUCCGACGGGGACGGCGGGGCCGACGACAUCUCUCCCGACUGGGCCGGCGCCAGUCUCAUGGACCUGGCCUCCCCGGAGCUGGAAAAGGCCACCCCGUCCCUGAUGGACAGCGGAGAGGACUUCGAGGUCCUGGACCACGAUGAGGACGAGGAUCUGAGUGGCCUCCCGCCUCUGGAAGACGUCCCCGCCAAGGAGAACAACGACACCCCUGCGGAGGAGGACGGCGGCGCCGACGAGGAGGCCCCGGAGUGGCUCGACGUAUUAGGAAGUGGCUUGUUAAAGAAGAAGGUCUUGGUGGCGGGUCGUGGCCGGGAGAGCCAGCCGGUCAAGGGCCAGGAGGUGACGGUGCGGCUCAAGGCCUCCUUGGAGGACGGGACGGAGGUGGAAGAGGAGCCCCAACUCACCUUCACGCUCGGAGACUGUGACGUCAUGCAGGCCCUCGACCUCUGCGUCCAGCUGAUGGAGAUGGGAGAGACGGCGCUGAUUCUCUCGGACGCCAAGUACUGCUACGGCCCGCAGGGGAGGAUCCCGGUGGUGCCCCCCGAGGCAAACCUGGCCCUGGAGGUGGAGUUGCUGGAGGCCCAGGAGGCCCCGGACGUGGAGCUGCUGAGCGGGACGGAGAAGGCGGAGAGGGCCAACCGGAAGCGGGAGCGGGGCAACGUCCACUACCAGCGGGCCGACUACGUCCUGGCCAUCAACUCCUACGACAUCGCCCUCAAGAUCGUGGGCUCCAGCUCAAAAGUGGAUUUCAGUCCGGAGGAGGAGUCUGCGCUGGCGGAGGUGAAGGUGAAAUGUCUCAACAACUUGGCCGCGUCUCAACUCAAGCUGGACCACUACGAGGCGGCCCUUCGCUCCUGCAACCGCGUCCUGGAGCAGCAGCCGGACAACGUCAAGGCUCUCUUCCGCAAGGGAAAGGUCCUGGCCCAGCAAGGCGAGUACAGCCAAGCCAUCCCCAUCCUCAAAGCGGCGCUCAAGCUGGAGCCGGCCAACAAGACCAUCCACGCGGAGCUCUCGAAGCUGGCCAAGAAGCACGCCGACCAGAAGAGCGUGGAGACGGAGAUGUACCGCAAGAUGCUGGGCAACACGGGGUCCGGACACCUCCCCGCGAAGAGCAACGACAAGGCGCCCUGGUCGAUCCCCUGGAAGUGGCUGUUCGGGGCCACCGCCGUGGCCCUGGGUGGAGUGGCCCUCUCCGUCGUCAUCGCCGCCAGGAACUAGGAGGCGGCGGGGUGGCCCUCCUUCCUCUUCCUCUCCCCGCUUCCCACCCCGUUCCGCUCGGCUUGGGACAACCGGUACGCGAUUUCGGACCGCGGGGCGGGAUUCGGAGGCGGGGGGCGGGGACACCGGCACAGUGUUGUUUCCCGACC